ACUCGAGUGGAGUUUGAGAAAUUAUCCGGCAUUAUUUACCUAAUUAUUCGCAAGUUAUAAUUUUUCCGGUAAUUGAUUACUAUCACUAAGAAUGCUUUAAAAUCUCUGCGGGAGACUGUGCAAUAAAGAAAUGGAACUUACUUUUCCAAAGAUGCGGCACCACCGUAUGAUGUUGUGUGUGCUGGCCGUGUGCAACGCCAGCUCACUCGCUGCUGCCAUCAACCUGGUCAUAGUGCUGGACCCAGAGGACAGGAUCUCGGUGCGGCGCGGCGCGGCGCUGACGGCGCUGGGGCUGGUGUACUUCGUGUCGCUGUUCGAGCUGUUCAACGUGGCGGCGCUGCUCACGGGCGCGGGCGCGCGCUUCCGCCGCAAGCACCGCCUCAGCUGCGGCGACGUGCUGGACAUCAGCAACAAGCUGGUGUCGGCCGUGCAGGCCGCGUUCUCGUGCGCGACGGGCGCCGUGGUGUGCGCGUGGUCGUGCACGCGCGACCUGGUCAAGUCGUCGCACUUCAUGUCGGAGGCCUACGCAUGGUUCGGCGCCGCCUACUUCUUCUACGACAUCUGGUCCAUGUACAUGGUACACGUGCACAUGACCACCAAUCUGGAGUACUUCAAGACGAAGCUCCGGCGCGCCUCCAAGCCCGACGCGGCGCUGUCGGCGGGCGACGGCGCGGCCGCCAAGCGCCCGUCGUUCCUGGCCUACUGCCGCCACGAGCCCGUCAUCCUCAUGCACCACGUGUUCAUCGGCGGCUUCGGCUUCCUCGUCAUCAUCUACCUGCGCGGCGGCCUGGGCGACUGCGUGUUCGGCUUCGUGUACCUCAUGGAGCUGUCCACGCCCUUCGUGUCGCUGCGCGGCGUGCUGUCGCGGCUGCGGCUCAAGGGCUCGCGCGCCUACCUGCUCAACGGCCUGGCCAUGCUGCUGGCCUUCCUGCUGUGCCGCGUGCUGUCGCUGCCCUACGCCUGCCUGCUGUACAGCCGCGGCGUGGGCCUGCCCUACCUGGAGGUAACAGGAAAUGAUUACGUUCCUGUGGACUUUGUUGAAAAUAUAGAUAACCAAGAGGCGUGGCAGAGCCGCAUUGUGUCGGGCUGGGAGGCGCGCCCCGGCCAGCACCCGCACCAGGCGUCGCUGCGCAUGGUGAACCCGCAGGGCACGGUGAGCGGCUGCGGCGGCAGUGUGGUGGCACGCCAGUGGGUCAUCACGUCCGCGCACUGCACCGCCUCGCGUGUCACCAUAGUGGUCCGCGCGGGCGUGGUAUCGCUGACCCGGCCGGAAGCCAUCGUGGAGUCCACGCAGUACUACAACCACCCCACGUUCGACUCCAGCAGGCCCAACGUGGUGCAGCCCAACGACAUUGCGCUGGUGCAGCUGCCUAUUAGGUUGCAGUACACCAGGAAUCUACAACCAAUCCGCAUUCAACCAUCAGCAGAUGCUCGGAGGAAUUAUGAAGAGCUCGUUGUGUACGCGAGUGGUUUCGGCCGCACUUGGACUAACGGGCCCACGACGGAGGUACUGCGCUGGGUGUACCUGCGAGGAGUGUCCAACCCUUCAUGCGCCUCGGUGUUUGGCACCAGGGUGAUCACAGACACCACCAUGUGCGCGCGGUUCUUCAACGUCACCUCGCAGUCUGUGUGCCAGGGUGACAGCGGUGGACCCCUCGUGCAUGUGAACGAGCGAGGAGUCCCAAUUCUGGUCGGCGUGAGCUCCUUCGUGGCUGGCGAGCCUUUCGGCUGCCAUUCCGGCAUGCCCAGCGGUUUCGCCCGCCCCGGACCUUUCCACGCUUGGUACCAGUUCAUUACUGGACUCGAUUUUGAAAAUCUAAACGAAGAAGAGGAUACUACAACAGAAACUCCACCUGCAACCACUGUACCUACAUUAACUACUCCUAAUACUACUUUGCCUACCACAACUACUCCGAAUAUAACGAAUCCUACUACUACUACACCAAAUAUAACUAUCCCUACCACAACUAAUCCAAACAUAACGAAUCCCACUACUACUACACCAAAUAUAACUAUCCCUACCACAGCUACUCCGAAUAUAACUAACCCUACUACCACUACGCCAAAUAUAACUAGCCCUACUACUACCAGUACACCCAAUAUUACUAUCCCUACCACAAUUUCCCCCAAUAUUACUACCACUACCCCUACCCCUACAGUGACCACAACUACCACUGUAUCUCCUCCCACUAGUACACCUAAACCAGAAGAUAAUGAUGAGGACGAUGAUGAAGAAGACCCAGAACUUUCGGAACUACUAAAGAGAUUAGAAGUGAAAGUAAAAGUUAUGGUUAGAUUGAGUAAACUCGGAAGAAAAACCCAACAGAUAGCAUAAAGU